AUGCUCCGCGGUGAGCUAUACUGGGCAUGGGACGAGGAUCUGCAGGCGAACCGAACAAGAUGUAAACAGGCCUGCGAUGAUUUCAAUGCCGCCGGGACUGCAACAAGGCGUCGAAAAGUAGAGCUAUGGAGAAAUAUUCUCUGCGACACACGUCCAAUGCCACCGUUGAACCCAGACCCGAAAGAAGACGAGGCGCUUUUCGAAGAGACCGAUCCCUUCGUCGAUGGACCGAUUUCUGUGGACCACGGUCUGAAUUUCAAGGUCGGCAAAGGCACCUUUCUCAACUUCAAUCUUCUCGUGCUCGACACCUGCCUGAUCACCAUCGGCGAACGGGUACUGUUUGGUCCAAAUGUCUGUCUUUAUGGUGCAACCCACCCCUUGGACCCGGCUGUUCGACAAGGGUUGAAGGGACCGGAGUGCGGAAAGGAAGUGCACAUCGAAGACGAUGUAUGGAUUGGUGGUAGUGUGAUCGUGCUGGCGGGCGUGCGAAUUGGAAAGGGGAGCACGGUUGGAGCUGGCUCGGUGGUAACAAAGGACGUUCCUCCCUUCCACUUUGUCGCGGGCAAUCCCGCCCGAGUCAUUCGUCGGAUUGAAACGAGCAUGAACCCUGAGGAGCAGCAAUGA